CAUUUUUUGUCAAAAAGCAGUAAAAGAAGAAUCGACAGCCUGAAAGAUUCCUCUUCCGCCGCGCGUGCGCACAUUCGAGUAGGUUGUCCGCGAGCUCAACAAAACACAGCCUGAAGUCCGCGAGCUCACUGGGGCACGGGCCCAGUAUGUUAACAAGCCUGUGUCUGACGGCGGGUAUGAGGCUGAAGGCUUGGAGUCAUUCGUUCAUACAUCUUCCAUAAGAGUAGAAUAUUAUAGGUCAUUUGAGUAUUGUCUGAAGUGGGAAAAACCCAUGUAUCAGCGACGCUCCUCCAGACUACUGAAGGCCUCCAAGAAGAGUCCACAGAGAAGCCCUAGCCCAAAUGAAGACGUUAUCCAGCGCAGGUUUAGGGGUAAGAGACAGAGGACAGGGCUGAGGGAGGCCGAAGCCGGCGACAGCGCAGUUAAUACAGUCGGCGGAUGGCACCGUGACAUCCUCGACAUCAUCAACAGUACACAUGAUGCAAAACGUGUUGCAGAGGAAGAUGAAGUAAAGUUUGUAGAGGUAGCUGAUAAAGGAGUGGAUGAGUCAGAUGAAGACUGUGCCUCUGUGACCAGCAGCAUAGCUUCUGGUCCUUCUCUCCUAUAUAACACCACUACUAAGAAACCGAGGCCCUCGCAGGGCUUGUGCUCAGCCUGUCGGACGCUCUACCAGAAGGCAAAGAAGAUGAAAGCACCAAUUAAAAACAAACUCUUAGACAAUGAUCCCAAGUCCCUGACAUGUGACCAGUGGGUCCUGAUCAAGAAGUGCAGACCGAGGAGGCUGCCUAAUGCAAGAGGGAAGCUUUUGAUCCAUGUGCAACUGGUUAAGAAUAGGCUUAAGGUGAAGAACGGUGCAAAGCAAUGUGUGGGAGAGGGAGAAUCAUCAGCCUGCUUGAGGCUGCACACUUUCCUUCAGAGGAACCUUAGACGACACGUCAGAGUGCCCGUGAAAAAGGAGAGGAAGAAGAACAGGAGGAAGAGGGCAAGAGAUGAUUCUCAGGGUCCUCCUCGCGCCGCUAAGCAGCAGCGUCUCCACAGCAACGAUCACCUCCAACAAAUCGGCAUUAGCUGUGCCGAUAACAACGGUCUUCACCCAACCGGCGGCCACAGUAGCAGCCCUGAUUUUGUGGCUAGUAGCGAUCAAGAAAUCGACGAUCCGACAGGCAAAGAUCUGACUGUUGAGUUGAUUCCCUCUGCAGUCACCCUGGAAACCACCAAGCCAGAAGUGGUCUCACCCAAGCAGAAAGCACCGAAGAAGAGGGGUGGAUUCAGAGACUUGCUUGCCCAGUUGCGUGGCAACAGCAGCAUGAUCGUCAAAGAAACACGUUAGCGAGGUGACUCCGACUUAUUUUUAAGCUACAGUUUAACCGCUACAGUAUUAAGCAUUCAAGCGCUGAUGUAGCUUUUACUUGUGAUGUUUCGUUGACCUUCAGUGUUGUUUAGCCUGGCUGUUAUUCUGUUCUGAAUAUUUGCCUGUAAAUACUUGUUGCCAUUUACCUGGAGUCAUAUACCUGUUUUAUUGCAGUCAAUACCUGCACCUAUACCUGGGUUUAUGUGCAAAUUACUGCUGCAGUUUCACGUACUUGCAUGUUAUUUAUUUUUUCUUAAAUUGCAAAAUGGCAUUUAUUUAAAGUUUUAUACAACAGGAUGACUGUGAAUAAACGUGUUUUUGUAUUUUUUUUUAAACAUUAA